AACACGAAAUUCUCAAUCAGGGACUUCCACUUCCAGAGGUUUGGAGGGAACGAGUGGAAAGUGUCGCCUUUAGGAGGGAAAAUACGACCGAAUUACCAAAACGACAAUACAAAAAUGGAGGGAAAUACAUCGGCGAGAUCGAAAUAUUUGCUGUUACGCACCCUCAGACGACAACAGACAGAGCUUCGCUAGUCCCCAGUUCAAGAAUUGAACCAUCGGAUUGAGCGAAUCAAUCCCCUUGCGGUGUUCCAUUUGAGGACAUUGGUUCUUGGGUCUGCUGUGAUGCAGCCGUAGCUGUUGUGAAGAUCACAGAGCACAGAGCCCUUCCAUUGCCCAGGUUUCACUAGCAGUGGUCGGGCGGGGAGAAGAAAUGGAGAUGGAGCAGCUGCUCAGCAUGGGAUUCUCCAACGAGCUCGCCGCCGAGGCCUUGGCCGCUACCGGCGGCAAGUCCACCCUGGAAGCCACGGAAUGGAUCCUCACCCACCGCUCCUCCCCAAAUCCUAAUCCUAACCCUAACCCUAACCUGAGUCAAUCCCCACACCAGCCCAAGCUCGACCGGUUCUUCCAAUUCCGGUCGAAUCCCUCUGCCCCCAAACUCCAUAAUCAAGAACAAGAACAGCAGCAGCAGCAAGAAGAGCACGAAAAGGAUGUUCACUUUCCGACGCCGCCUCUUCCUAAGCGUCCCAGGAUGCUCAUUUCCUCGCAGAACUCGCAAUCCACUCUCUCGAUUUCGUCUGGGAGGGACGGAGAACGGAGGCCCCCUCACGAGCCCUUAUCAGAGCGGAUGCGGCCACGCACCAUAGACGACGUGGUGGGGCAGGACCAUCUCCUCGCCCACAAGUCCCUCCUCCGCUCGGCCAUCGAGUGCAACCGCCUCCCUUCGAUUGUGCUGUGGGGUCCCCCGGGGACUGGCAAGACCUCCAUUGCAAAGGCCAUAGUUAGCUCCUCAACACAGCGUGCCUUGUAUCGGUUUGUCUCCCUCUCUGCUGUCACCUCUGGGGUUAAGGAUGUUAGGGACGCAGUCGAUGAUGCGAGGAAGAUGAGGGCGAAGAGCAGUAAGAGGACUGUCUUGUUCAUUGAUGAGGUCCACAGGUUUAAUAAGUCACAGCAGGACUCGUUCUUGCCCGUGAUCGAGGAUGGGAGUAUUGUCUUUAUCGGAGCCACAACAGAGAACCCAUCCUUCCAUUUGAUCACGCCCUUAUUAUCCCGGUGUCGGGUUCUCACUCUUAAUCCACUGAAGCCGGAUCAAGUCUGCACACUCCUUAAACGGGCAAUUGAUGAUCUGGAGAGAGGCUUAUUGAGGACCAUCGAUGUAAAUGUUAAAGUCAAUGAGGAUGCAAUCGAAUUUCUGGCCAAUAACUGUGACGGGGAUGCCCGGGUGGCUUUGAAUGCCCUGGAGAUUUCUGCCACUACUGCAGCUGCCCGGGUCUUGUUGAGGGAGCCGGACGUUUCCAUUGAGCUGUCUGACAGUGAUUCUCUGGAGGAAGGAGCAACCGUGACGACAGAUGAUGUGAAGGAGGCGCUUCAGUGCAAGCAUAUUGCAUACGAUAAAGCUGGGGAAGAGCACUAUAACUUGAUCAGCGCUCUUCACAAAUCUAUGAGAGGAAGCAAUCCUGAUGCUGCUAUUUAUUGGCUCGCGAGAAUGCUGGAAGGAGGGGAAGAGCCACUGUACAUCGCUCGGAGGCUGGUCCGGUUUGCAAGUGAAGAUGUCGGGUUAGCAGACCCUGCUGCACUGACCCAGGCAGUCUCGUGCUAUCAAGCUUGCCACUUUAUAGGAAUGCCCGAGUGCAACGUGAUUCUUGCCCAGUGUGUAGCCUACCUUGCUCUGGCUCCGAAAUCAAUUGCUGUAUACCGGGCGAUUGGGGGUGCCCAGAAGGUGGUGAGAGACUCUGUUGGGCAGAACGAGGGGGUCCCACUUCAUCUUAGAAAUGCACCCACGAAGCUGAUGAAGGAGCUCGAUUAUGGAAAAGGGUAUAUUUAUACACCCGAUGAUCCCUCUGCAGCACAGAGUUUUCUGCCUCCAUCAAUUCAGGGGUACAAGUUCCUCGACUGGCCAGAGAAUAAGAACAAUGGUAGAUGAGGCGCAGUUCGGUUUCUGCAGGAGUCUCUGGCUUUGAUCGUUCGCUUCUUUUUGUGUGCGAUUUUGGGGGGGUUAGAUGUUCGUCCCGAGGCUCCUCUAUUGAAAAUUAUGAGCUCAAAAGAAACAGGUGCAUAUGUAGGAUGUGAGAUUAUGCAUAGUUGGUUCGUUCUGAAAUUUUGAUGACAAGGUAUCGAAUAUAUAUGCUGGUUUCUCUCA